AUGGACAUUUCGAGCUUGCUUGGUUUACAGGAUGUAUUUCAGAGUUUUUGUUUGACUUUGUUUCCCACGCGUGUUGAAUACAUUUCCUCCAUUCUUGACGGCGCAUUCCGCCUGCUAGUAGCCACUUGUCAGCGGCUUUCAGCUGCUGCAGCAGAAGCAGCAGCAGCAGCAGCAGCUGCCGCUGCAGCAGGCGGCAGGUCGCCUCCAAGUCUGGCCAAGCUGCACAGCCCCGCAGGUGUCUGCGGGGAUGCAGGCUACGGACCUCCUGUUGGUGCUGUUGGUGCAGCUGGCCCAGCAACAGCAGCAACGGCAGCAAUCGACACCAGCUCAAUGCAACUGAAGAUGUUGCCUGAGGCGGGCAUGGAGGCCGUCGGCGAGCUUCUUACAAAUCCCUUAAAGGUCUUGUCGCUGCAGGUGUUAAACAUAAGCAGCUACGCCCCCCUCAUGGACUUCCUAGACACAGACACCCGAUCUCAAGUGGCAAAGGCGAUGGUCGACGCCGUCGUGACAGCACGCGUACCGUUAACUUCUUCUCAUGUUUUUAGUCACUUUUUGGCCCUUGUUUACCCUUUAAUUCGUGGAGAUGAAAAUGCGAAGAACGCUCACGGCAGCAGCGGGGAGACGGGACAGGACGACGCACAUGCACCAGGAGCAGCAGCAGCAGCAGCAGCAGCAGCGCCCGCAGCCGCAGCAGCGCAACAUCUGCAGCAACUUGCAAUGCUCGUCCACCUUGCAAAGGGAGCAGAUACAGACGAACAGUUCAACAUUCUUUUAGCGGCGAAGAAUGCUUUCUCGCAAGGGGGGGCGCUCCAGCAGCGCGUGCUGCUGCCUCCGCUUGCUGUUGCUGCUUGCCGUCUGCUGCCUCAAGUGCUGCAGCGGCAAACAGCAGCAGAGGAGGGAAUUGAAAAGCCUCCCCAGCAUACUGGUAAACGCGUCUGUCAGCUGCUGCAUGCAGUCUGCUUGCAGCUAGUUCCUCUUUCUCCCGAGACGGCCCUAAGGAUGUUGCUCCUUUCCUGCAUGGCUGCCGAUAAUGCGAAUAUUGCAGUGGGAGGCUUUGGACCAAUUUGCGAAGAAUUUGCAUCGCAAGCUUUGGUCUGUUUUGAAGAAGAAAUCACCGACAGCAAAACACAGUUUGCUGCUAUCACACAGAUGGUUGGCUGUUUUGCGGGCUUUAUUGUCGGUUUAGAGAGAGAAAUUUUUGAAAGUUUAGCCACAAAAAUGACCCAACACGCAGCAAAACUCCUAAAGAAAGUAGAUCAAUGCCGGGCAGUGCUGUCUUGCUCGCAUCUCUACUGGAAUACGGCGGCCUACCGCGACAGCCGCCGAGUCUUAGAGUGUCUGCAAAAGUGUUUAAAGAUAGCAGAUUUAACAGUUCAAACGAAUUCUUCUCAUGUUUCUCUCUUUAUUGAGAUCCUUAACAAAUAUGUUUACUAUUUCGACCAAAACAACACAGAAGUGACAACAGACUUCAUUCAGAAUCUCCUCGCGUUAUGUGCCGAACAUUGCAGGUUUGCUGAAUUAGACAAAGACGACGACGUCAUGAAGAGCUUUCGAAAUACUUUGCAACACCUCCGGCUAAAGAAGCAAACAGACACAACCAAUCGCUACAAAGGUCUCGACUUGUCCAUAGAGAUAUGA